CAGCUUCCUGGCAGGUGGGCGGCGGCACCUCGCGGUCGGCCUCCCCCCGGCUUGCUCUGUGCUCGGGACGCUCGCCCCGCUGCGCCCAGCUCCCGGAGCCGCUGCUGGCCGCACGCCCGGCCGGCGCAGACCAUGGCCGAGCGCGGGGACCUGGACCUGACCGGCGCCAAGCAGAACACCGGCGUGUGGCUGGUCAAGGUUCCUAAAUAUUUGUCACAGCAAUGGGCUAAAGCCUCUGGAAGGGGUGAAGUCGGGAAGCUGCGGAUUGCCAAGAAUCAAGGAAGGACUGAGGUGUCAUUUACUUUGAAUGAGGAUCUUGCAAAUAUUCAUGAUAUUGGUGGGAAACCAGCUUCAGUCAGCGCUCCUAGAGAACAUCCAUUUGUCUUGCAAAGUGUUGGAGGACAAACAUUAACAGUAUUUACUGAGAGCUCAUCAGAUAAGCUUUCAUUGGAAGGAAUAGUGGUACAAAGAGCUGAAUGCCGACCUGCUGCAAGUGAAAACUACAUGAGAUUAAAGAGAUUGCAAAUAGAAGAAUCUUCUAAACCUGUAAGGCUAUCACAACAACUAGACAAAGUUGUGACAACCAAUUACAAACCUGUUGCCAAUCAUCAAUACAAUAUUGAAUAUGAAAGGAAAAAGAAAGAAGAUGGAAAACGUGCUCGAGCUGAUAAACAAUAUGUAUUAGACAUGCUAUUUUCGGCUUUUGAGAAACAUCAGUAUUAUAAUGUUAAGGACUUGGUAGAUAUCACAAAGCAGCCUGUGGUGUACCUGAAGGAAAUCUUAAAAGAAAUUGGUAUUCAGAAUGUAAAAGGGAUCCACAAAAACACAUGGGAGCUGAAGCCAGAGUAUAGACAUUAUCAAGGAGAAGAAAAGAGUGAUUAAGAAGAGUCUAAGCCAACAUGCUAACAGAACAACUAAAGGGAGAUGUGUUAGGCAUACGGCAAUGAUACUUGAACUUGAGCACCAUCUGUUAUAGGGGUAAAAUGACUGAUACUUUAAUUUGUCUAGGGCUCUGGUGCAGGAACCAGUCUCAUUUCCCCAUCGCCUUCCGGUCCCGAAGUAUGUGAGGCUCAGUGUCUAGAAGCAGAUGGAUAAUGGUGUGACAAAUCUGUAUAGAACUGAGAAUUCUGGAUGCCUGUCAUG